AUGAUUAUUAAUAAUAGUAGAAAGAGAAAAGAUGAUCUACAUUAUUGCUCUUCCAUACCUUCUCAAACAAAUAAAUACACCCUCUUACUUAUUUUUGGUAAUAACAAACCAAAAUUAUAUUUGUGUAACAGUAUUAAACUUGGUAGUGGUUCCAGUGCCAGUAUAGUGGCAGAUAGAUUAUCUGCUAAAGGUCACACUGUUUUAGUUAUUGAGGCUGGAAAAAGAUCUAUUGGUGAUCUUGGAGGUUUAGAUGUAGUUGGUACCAAAGGAAAAUUGGAUCCAACAUCAAUGGAGUAUACUCCAGAAAGACAAGUAACCAUUUAUGAUGUACCAUUGUAUUGGCAAAGUUCAUCUAUAACGGGUGGAAAAUGGGGUUACAAAGGUGCUGGAAUUGCAAAACUUGUUGGUGGUUGCGGAGUUCACAAUGGUAUGGUGUUCCAGAGAGGUUUAAGUAGUGAUUACGAUUCAUGGAAUUUGCCAGGCUGGAACUGGACCACUAUGAGUACCUACCUCAAGAAAUUAGAAAAACAAUUGGAUCCACAAUUGGCAACCAGCGACCUCCAUGGACACGACGGUAAAAUCAAAGUUGGAUCGAUACCGUUCGACAAAGAAGGACAACAGUUUUUGGCUUCUUGUAAUGCAAGUGGUUUGCCAUUCAACAGUGAUUUCCAACAGGAUUUCCGUGAUGGCUGUGGUUAUUUCCAUUUCAAUAUCGACAAAACCAAAGGUGAGCGUUCAACUCCAGCCCACGAAUACCUUUUGGAUGCCGUCAACUCCAAGCGAGUUGAGUUGCUUCCAGAGGCAACCGUUACCAGAAUCCGUUGGAGAUACGAUAUCCCCAGUCGUAAAUAUGAAGCAACCGGUGUCGAAUUUGUAUUGAACAAAUACAAAGAUAAAGUUUUCACAGUCGAUGCCUCCAAGGAAGUUAUAUUGGCAGCCGGUACUCUAAACACCCCAAAGAUUCUAUUGCAAUCGGGAGUUGGAAACUCCACCUAUUUGAAUCAAUAUAGAGAUAAAAUUCCAAUGGUAGUUUCGAAUCUGCCAGGUGUCGGAAGAAAUCUCCAAAACCACUUUUUAUUCUUUUCCGUUUAUCAAUAUUCCGAUGUCAAUUCACGUCCAACCAUGUACGACCUCUUUAGUUUGGAUCUCGCCUACAAAUCUCAGGGUGCCGGUAUUUUUGGUACACCAGGUUACUCGGUUGGCGUUUGGUUGCGAGGUAACUCGACAAAGGAGAAAUCCGCCGAGAAUGUCAUGAUUGUCCAGCCAGGUGUAAUCGGUACGACCACCCCUUUCCCCUCGGUAUCACUCGGUAUCAGCAUUGGAAAACCUGAGCCAAAUAAUCAUUGGCUUGAUCUCUCAACCAAUCAAUCGGGCUCAAAAAUCGACUUUUUUAUGAGACCACCCAAUAUCAACUUCACUCUGUUGAACAAUCCACUCGAUGUACAAAAGAUGGUGCGUGGAUUCAAGGAGGCCAAGAGAAUUAUGUCGUUCCCGCCGAUGAGCACCUUGAUGACACCGGCCGUGCCACCUCCAACUGCAACCAGCGAUGCCGAUCUCGAGGCCUAUAUCAGAGCCAAUAUCAACGCACACGAACACUGGUGCGGAACCUCAAAGAUGGGUUUGACAUCCGAUCCAAUGUCUGUUGUCGAUCCCAGACUCAAAGUCAUUGGAGUGCGAGGUGUAAGAGUUGUCGACGCAUCGGUCAUUCCAAUUAUCCCAGAUUCUCUUGUACAUGCAACCGUAAUGGCAAUCGCUGAAAAAGCAUCCGAUUUAAUCUUAGAAGAUUAUCCAAAUCAAGGUUCCAAUCCUUUAGAUUUAAAUUUGUCAAUAUUAGCAUAA